GUAAGGAAUAAUCCGAGCCUGCUCAGUGGGGGACUUUUUACUCCGUACCCCGAGGACCAUGGAGGAGGCGCCUCUAAUAUCUCCUCCUCACAGCCAAGCCCCAGCUAGAUAACAAUUCCUCCGGAGGUUCUUAUCGGUUCGGGAUGGUACUCUUAGUCGGCGAAGCAUCGCUCCUGAAAUUCCCGAGUGAAUUCGGGUGAUUGAGGGAGCCUGUCGAGGAACCGACCGAGCGGUCAUUGGCCGAAAGUGGACGUUAUCAGUACGAUGGAGACUGAAGAGCCAAGACUAGGCCGGAACCGGAUGCAGAGGCCCCACAUGGCGGGAGGGUGGCGUCCAGGACCUUAUCGGGACCUCAUAGCCAAUCAUUCGGGAGAUAACUAUGAGUUGAGAGAAACGGGGAUGAUAAGGGCCACUGCAUUUUUUUUUAUUUGUCUUUCCUUAGGCUCCGCUCAUCACUGGCGGAUGGAUCCCUUCGUCAGAUACCAACCAGAGGAUUGGGCGUCAAGGCAUUCCAGGACGAAUGCCCGAUAUAACCCAGACCCUUAAAGGCCUGGACGUUAUCAGUGAUAACUGGAGGUAC